UUAGUGGGACUGCUAACCAGGCUGUGCUCUAGCUCAGCUCACUCUAGCACCUCAGAGCAUAGCCUGGUUGGCAGUCACACUAACAAGAACCUCAAUUACCCCAAUUACACAUCUCAAAAGAGCCAGUGUGUUAUAUCCAAAACCUUAUAUUUGCAUUACUUCUUGUUUUCCCAUCUCCAGGUCUGCUUCAACAUGGGACACAUUACUUUAGCCAAAAAAUUGGCUAGGAAAGCCCUUCGACUGCAGAAAAGGAAUUUCCCUUGGACCUGGUUUGGUGUCCUUUUCCAGACAUUUCUGGAAAAGUAUUGGCAUUCCUGUUCACCAAGCCAACCUCCAAAUAAUCCUAGUGAGAAGUUGUCUCUACCUACGUGGACCUCUCUCAGUUCUCCCAGACCAUGGGCAACAAGGAGACGUGGCUGCACAAUGAGCAAAUGGCCAUCCAAAAAAGCAGUUUAUGUUGGUUCUCCAGGGAGGGAUUGUUGGUCACAGCUCAGCUCAUGCAGGCCCUUGCCUACACCAAGCUCUGCCUUGGCCAUCUUGACUUCUCCAUCAAGCUGGGUAAUGGGACUUAGAGCUGGUGAGUCUAGGGCUUUUAGAGAGUACAUGCUCACAGCUAGACCUCACACAGUGCUCUUGAACCUCCUCAGGUUUUCAAGCUCGCGAGAUAGGCAGAUACCUCAAGAAACCAGCUCUGGAGAAUCUGGUCCUCUCAGUUCUCUUCAGAUCUGCAUUUCUGAAGAAGUAUUAUCUUUCCCUUGGCCACUGCAGAAGCAUUAUCUUAAGUGUGGAAGAGUCAGGAGUGGAAAUGAAGUCAGAGCUGCUAUAUAUUCCUCAGUACUUGGGGCUCAUGGACAAAUUUUCUUCAAAAAGAAAAUUCUGCAGGGAGAUAGAAAACUGUAGCAGCUCAAGACCCUGGAAAUGGUCUCAGAGGCAAAUUCCCACCUCCUUUGCCUAAAGAUGGGUCUGAUCCCAGGCACAGAUGUUCUCUAUAAAUAGAGCUGUGAAGAGGAGAUCUAGGGGAUGUUAGGCUGCUUUUAGGGUAUAAGACCCCUUCCUUUCCUACCCAUCCUCCUUACUCCCUAGCUGGUCCCAGUGGCUCAGUCUCUUGGCAGAUUUGGUCUGUGUGUCCCUGUACUGGAGAGUCAGUGGGCACUCAUUUCCCAGGGUUAUGAUGUCCUUGACCUGGCCUGCUUUUAUCCUGCUUGCUUAGGUCUGCUGCUCUACAGAAAAGGUAAAUCUUGCACAGGUCUCUGCUGUACUCCUGAGGGAUUCAGACCUCAGAUAGGGCUCUAGGUUUGGAAUACAGGCAGUCAUGAACCUGUCCCUCAGGCAUGGCCUCUUCCUCUGACCUCUGGCUCCUUAAAGUCUGGGUACCAUGCUGUGAUUCAGGGGUGUCUACCUUUGGGGUAUUGUUUCCUUCCCUGUGUCACACACCUUCUGUACUUUAGUUCCUACACUAACAAUAUAUGCUAGCCUGGUUACCUUCUGUGUUCACAGGAUUGCUGUGUCGGCCCUUUAGCAAGUGUCUGCAUUUUGUUCAAAUAUAUGAGCACAGCUGUGUUUUAAUCUCUCAGAGCAACGUCAUGCUGGGAGUCCACUCCUCCCUGGCCAUGCGUACUUUAAAGAGUUUUUCUCUUGAUGUGUGACCUGCCCUAUCACCAGUGGGUAUCUGAGCUUAAGGCCUCUGUAAUGAGAUAUGAAAAGAGAAUUCAUGUCCCUGACUGACAGCAUCAGGACUUUUGAUACCUGCUUCACCAGGAUUUGGAUAACAGGAGACUUUCUGGAGGAAGAUAACUCUUAGAAAUUUAGGAUACAGAGUAAGCAUUUCUUCCUGGAACCUUGUGUGAGAGACAUAAAGACAGUCUCAGAUUCUUACUCACAAGCAGUUAAAGGCUGUACCUCUGAAGUAAAAAGGGACACACAGAUAUAAGAAGUUAGUCCUUGCUCUAGAGGUAAGUAUAGUCCUCUUCCUAGUGCUAGCUAGACCCUGCCUGGACAAACAGGAAUACCUUACUAUUAUUAAACAGCAAUGUCUUCAGCUUCUCUCAGCCCUUUGUUUCAGCAUUGGUAACCCUUAGGCAUAGAAAGUUCUUUGCUCUUAGCCAAAGCAAUUGAGUUGUUUCCUUGGAGUAACUGGAUGGUCAUUAAGGAGAGGAAAAGGUCUUAGAAGUCGCAAUAUAAUGUCUAUGAAGGUGAAUGGUAAGAUUAGGCAAGAAAAGGACAGGAAAGAAUGUAUUUCCUUUCCUCAGAGCCCUGCAAAUCUCCUUUCCCAGGGCUGCUAGUUAAAUUUGUCAUUGCUGAGGACAUUCUUUAUGUUCCUUUCAGGAUUUGACAGAGUGGCUGAUGUCAAGGAGAGAAGGAUGCAAAAGAAACUCAAUAUGUAUGUGUUAAAAAAAAAACAAUACUCUGAAGGGACCAUGAUUCUUUUAUUGUAUAUAACAUAAGGAAAUGCCCCCAAAUUCUCCUUUUAAAGCUAUAGUGUACAUAUUAAGUAUCCUAGCCUUUACAGUUACUGCUAUCUAUAUCUUUCUCAAAAUAAAAGCCUGUGUUUUC